AGACUGUAAUACACUUAAUUGGUAUAUACAGCCUGAGACGUGUGCAAAAUGGUGUAAAUGUUCCUUACAAGCCAGAAUGUUUAAAUUAAAUUUAAACUUACUAUGCAGGUUGUCUGUGCGGUUUGUCCUCCUACUGAUUAAAAUUUGAGACAAAAAUAUCCACAGGAAAGUAUUGUUGACCAGACUUUUUAGAGCGAUGUAGGUAUAUGGUUAGGUAACAAGGUAAAAUUAGUUUUAUACUGGAUAUUUGGUUCUUUCGUCAAUAUCUAUUGAACCAAGCAUGCCUAGAUAAUGGACAUAGUAUAUUCUGAAUCAAGAGAGGAUGGAGAACAAUCCACACCUAUGUUCUUUUAAAUUGAAAUCCGAAUAUCGAAUGUAAAAUGAGUUCUCAGCCGAACAUAACCAAAUGCCUACAUAGUCUUAAAUUUAGAGCAGCAGAAGGACAAACCCCACAUACAUGUAGAGUACAUUUUUAAAUGUAAUUGUUUUCAACAUUCUGACUUGUAAGAAACAUUUACACGAUUUUGGUAUUUUCAGGCUGCAUAUAUCAAUGAAUUGUGUAUUACAGCCUGAUUAAUCAGACUACGGCUGUGGAUUCAUAUGAAGCGGAGUUAGCAAGUCACAUUUCAGAGUUUCCUCGUUCCGACUACCACGUGAAUGUGGCCUGAGUUUCCCACUUGGAAUUCCGAGUUUGAUGACCGUUAAACGAUUUUUUUUCCCCCAGUCGAAGCUCUUUAUUUUUAAUUUUUUUUUUGUGGGGGAGGUUGUUGGCGCAUCUCCGUGUCACAGAAUUACGUUCUCUAAUGGCUGCCAUGGGACAGACCAAGACUGGGCUGAAGUCCAAUCUGCUGGUGAGGGCUGUGGGGGUUAUACAGACCCAGUGCAAUCCCCAACUGCUCACAGUCGUGCGCCAGCUCUACCAGGAACGCUACUCCGACCAGAUAGUUCCUGGCAGCAUCCAGACGACUCCAGGAAGCCACCAGGAGGAGCAGACUGUGGUGGAGACAUCACACAACCCCACACAGCACAUAAACAGUCUGACGCACGACCCUACACAGCACACAAACAGUCUGACACACAACCCUAGAUUGUUCCAGAUGGUACCCCUUCCCUUCUACCAAGCCCUGGGGACAGUCCUACCCCCCACACAACUGGUGGGCUCUUUCUUUUCCGACAUGCAAAACCAGGAGUUCAACCUCAUGCUAACGCCAAAGCAAGUGGAGCAGAACAGAAACUGCAAGGAGCUGCAACCAGGUGUGCAGAGUGUCCAGGUAGUUCUCAGAUUCUGCUUCACAGAGAGUCUUGGGUACGAGGAGGAUCGAUACCCACCAUGCCUGUCCAUCAAAGUUAAUCAGAAACACAUACCCUUACCGGAAAUUCACAGACACUGUACACCCAUCAACAUAACCCCAACAGUUUCUCUCAGCCUCCUCCCCUCAUUUCGUUUAUGCAUCUGGUGGAAGAGAUGUAGCAAAAGGUAUUCUGUGGCUGUGUACCUGGUGAAGGUGCUGUCUCCCUCAGACCUCCUCAGUCAACUGAAGAGCCAAUCAGUGGAGAGUCUGACAUUCUGCAGACAGCGCAUCCAAGAGAAGCUGCGUUUCGACCCAGAAUGUGAGGUGACCACAACAGGACUACAGGUGUCCCUUAUAUGUCCGCUGGGGAAGAUGCGUCUGUCAGUGCCCUGCAGGGGGCGUAAGUGCGGCCACCUCCAAUGCUUCGACGGGACGCUCUACCUGCAGAUGAAUGAGAAGAGGCCCACCUGGACCUGCCCAGUGUGUCACGAGCUAGUUCCGUACAGCCAGCUAACUAUCGAUGGGCUACUGACGGUGAUCCUGGCGUUGGAGGGCUUUCAGGACAAUACAGAGGUAGAAUACCUGGCUGACGGCUCUUGGAGGUUUGUUAUAGAUGGCGUGAGCAGGACAACACAGCUAUCGGCACCAUUGGAGAAGAUGGAGGCCUAUAGUGCUAGUAGUGUGACUGCAACCACCAGAGCCGUGUCAAAGGAAGUAGUCACUGUGGACCUUACUCAGGAGUCAUCCGAGGACGAGGCUGAUGAGGUCACAAAGGUGCGCCAUAACGAUGACCUCUCCGACAGGAACGGGUUUCAUGAAGUUGCUCAAGGUUCUGUAUGGUCAUCAAUGGUAAAUCCAUCACAGAGAUUAACAGUACAACACAUGUCGGCGCAGAGGUAAAAUGUGUGUUUGUUUACAUUUAACCUGGACACAGACCUUUCAAAAUAAAUAGCCUAAGAGGCAAUGGUUACUGAGCAGUUCCAAGAGUCUAGAAACGUAACUCACAAUUAUUGAGCACGGUUACAUGCACCCAAUACUACGAUUAUUGUGGAUAGCUAGAUUUAAUAUAAUAGUUUGUUUUAAAACGUUUAGGCCUACAUGCUUUGCAAGAACGAUUUCCCUAAUAAUCCUGUGUAGAUUGACACAUCUGAAAUCGGGUAACCACAGUAACCAUGUUUUUUGUGAAGCCCGAGUUCGGACAUACAGUAUAAAGUGUGUAUGUGAACUAUUUUGAAGAUUGAAUAUUUUCCGUUUUUCCGAACUCACUUCACUCGCGCAUUAUAGAGGAAGGGUUGCGCUGCUGGCACAUGCACAAAUCAGAUGCUGGAAUGUCAAUGAAAUUGUUUACAAGUCCUAAUAAUUCUGAAGAUUGCUCUGAAAAGCAGGUGUUUUUAUUGGUGUAAUCUUUAAUUUUGACCUAAAGCCAUUUUUAAGAUGAGAGAAUCCCUUUAAUAUCUAAUUAUUGUGCAUGUAAAUUUACUCAUGUUAAUGUGUAUUUAAUGCUUUUUUUGUAAUACCAAUUUCUAAUAAAAUGAUUUUCACCCUCCUAAAACAUGUUUUGAGUCAAGUUCAAGAUAUUGUGGAGGAGUAUAAUAAGAAUACAAUUGGUAGAUGGAUAGGCCUAGAUCAGGAGUUCUCAAACUUUAAUGGAAAGGAGCCCCUGGGCAAGGACCCCUGGGCGAGCUGCCAAUAUGGGGUGGCAGGGUAGCCUAGUGGUUAGAGCAUUGGACUAGUAACCGGAAGGUUGCAAGUUCAAAUCCCGAGCUGACAAAUCUGUCGUUCUGCCCCUGAACAGGCAGUUAACCCACUGUUCCUAGGCAGUCAUUGAAAAUAAGAAUUUGUUCUUAACCGACUUAGAUAAAGGUAAAAAGAGUUAAAUAAAGGUUAAAAAAAUACGCUAAAAAAAUAUAUAUAUAAAUAAAAAAUAUGCUAGGCAAUGACUACCAGUGCUGUAGGCUUGUGAGACGGGCAACGGCUAUAUUUGCAUAUUGAUGGAAAAAUAUGAUUGUUACCGCGGGUGCAUAGGAAAGACAGAAAUAGUAAUAAAAAUGUUACCCCAACAUGUGUAGGUAUAAUAAAAUCAAUAUUUAAUUUAGUGUAAAAUGAAUGGGUCUGUUGGCCUAGGUUGAUAAAUAUUUCAGGAUACAUAAUGGAAUUCUGUUGCAAUUUGGAGACUUUACCACGGUGGCUUUACACAGAUAUUUUUUUUUCUCCACUAACUUGAUUUUGAGGUGGCAAAAAAUAGAGAUUCCUGCACAUUUGCGAGAUUUCUUUUUACGUAACUCGGUGCUCCGCAGACGCUUGAAUCAGCACUGAAUGACUGUCGGCAGCAUUCCAAACAGAGACACCCUCAAAUUAAGUAGACAACGGGGUUAUGACCUAUGAUGAGCUGACACUUACAGGGCAAAGGAAGAAAUAAUUCAUUUUAAAUGGACCGCCCUUGCCCAGAAAUGUCACUCGUUCGUCCCAUGGUUGUUUUCAGUCAUCAUGGAACCACCGGUAGCUGUGUGCUUUAUAUGCGCUACAGUCAAUUAUGAUUUAAUAUCUUGGCUAGAAGACAACUCAUCCGCAGACAUCGAAUGCUAUCCAUCUGACGAUAUCAGUUACAUCGAAAAUUAGUGUGUAAGUGUGAUGUUAGGGGAAGUUGUAUGUGCUAGCUAACGUUUCCAGAAGCUAACCAAACAAUUUUGUGAUACGCGUUUGCCUUCGUGCAUUAGUAGCACAUUUUCUAACUUAUUUACAUCUGCUUUUAUUUACACUUGUAUGUUGACUUCUCCAUAUUGAUGUUGAUUU